AAAAUCUUUAGGAUUUAUAAUUGAACACAGAAGAAAUAACGAUUCAAGAAAGUGGACCCAACUCAACUAUGAAGAAUAUGGUAUCCAAUUGUCUAACGCUGUCGAGAAGAAUCAGAAAAAUGAAAUUAAAGGUUUGGAUUCUGUAGCCUCACCUUUAAAUCAUGAAGAAAGCAGUGAACAAUCUACUAAUAAUUCGCAAUUGAAUACUACAAAAAAAAGCAGUGCACAAAAUUCAAGUUUUGAUAUAGAGGAAAAUAGCACCAAUAAAAAUACAAAUUUUUCAGAUGAUUCAGAUGCUUCUAUUUCUGGUCAAUUAUUUAAUGCUAUCGAAAAGAAUCAAGAAAAUGAGUCUCACUCUAGUGUUCAA